AGUCGCCCACAAUAUUAAUCAACACACAUGCGACACAUGGAUUGUACGUCACAAUUUACAUGUAGACUUAUAUCAUCCCGCCGUACGUCAGACUAGAGUAGACGUGUGUUCAUACACAGACAUUGUUUUCUUAAACUUUAUUUUGAUAACAGAAAAAUAUUAAUCGCAGAGAGAAGUUGAAGAGGGAGGGCCCGAGUAACAUUGAACUGGCGUUGACUUUUGAGGAACUGGUGACGUAUUGCGUCCCUGUUUUUGCCACCAAGGCGACACUCUGGGCAGCACAUUUCAGUGUUGCCUAAGCUGAGCACCGAAAGGACUGCGAAACUUGGGCUUCAGUAAUACGUUAACCCGUCACUUUUACAAAUGGACACACAAGCACCUGAUAAUAAUCAGCCUUCAACGGUUGCACCCGCAAGCGGUGGACUCAGCACAGAUACCAUCAUCAUCAUCGUGGGAGCCGUUGCUGGAACGCUCUUUCUUUUCGUCAUCAUCAUGUUGUGCAUCGUCGGUUGCAUGUAUCAUCGAAAGUCAAAGAGAAAUGACGACGAUGAGAAUGCGGGCAAUGUGAAAAAGUUGUCGAAAAAGUCGAAAAAGUCGAAGCAAUUACAGCAGUCAUUAGCAGGUCGCGACAGAAUAUUCAGGCCGGUGGACUGGAAUGACCCGGAAGGACCCGAAGGAAAACAUGACAUUUCUGACAUUGAUCAGAUACUCUUUGAUGAGAGCCGAAGUCGAAGAGGAUCUGUCGCCGUAAGGAAUCCAGCUUACAAAGAUGAUGACGAAAUUCAAAUGGAGAAUAAUGGAUACCCUUAUAGAAUGGGUAACGGUGUUCCUUCGCGGCCACCCAAUCUAGAGAUGCUUCCCCCUGAACGCCGCCAAUCGACCAAAUCAAUCGCCUCGUCAAAGCGUCCAUCUCUACCCCCAUCUUCCCCCACGGAAUCAACCCAGAUCUCGAUCCUUGACAUGCAACGCACGUGGGGUGGACCAGACCUGACAGCGGACAUCGAGGAGGACUUCGGCCACCAGGAGUUUAACCGCUCGAGGAGGACCAGCCGCUUGAGCACGGUGUCGGGUGCCCACAACGACCUGGAGAUCGACUUCUCGGUGUUCGCUGGAGGCGGACGCGGGUCUGCUCUGCAGAGUCAGGAGAAUACUUUACGACGGUCGUUCCGAUCGCGGAAUCAGGCAAUCGUAGAUUUUUACGAGAGCGGGUACUCGAAUUCGAUCGGUGCGCGGUCAGCCGCCUCGCUACCGAUGUCGAAAUUGGACUAUCAGAUAGAAUCUGAUGAGAAACCGAACGAUGGCAGCGGUUGGGGCACGGGUAAUAGACUUCUUUGGCAGAAACGCCAGUUCCAAUCAGGAAUAACAUCUCCCUAAUUAGGCUGACGUUAAACUUUGUGCCCGAACAAUAACUUAUUCUACGAGAUGGUCGAUUCCAUUGAAGGAAAAGGUUUCAUCUUCAAACUGAUCGAUAUUUCAUGCAGUUUGAAGUGACGCAAUGGCGUAACCAGCAUAGGAUGGCUCUGGAGGAAGACCCCGCCCCCCCCCCCCCCCUUUCCCCGCCCUUUGUUUGAAGGCGUAGAAAGGUCAAUCCGCAGUUUGUGUGCGGAGUGGUUUUGGUUAAUCCACCCAAAAUCCGAAAAAGGAUCCACCCCCUUUUUGUCGAUAUCUGGAUAUGCUAUAAGAUGUUACGUCUGUGUGUGAUUCAUGAUGUAUAGAUGUGAUUCAUAAUUUUUAUAGAUAAUAAACAUUAUAUGAAAGUUUGUUAAACUGAUUUGCAAACCAAUAGAGAGAUGGUCAUGCUAAUGCGAAUUCAUUUGCAUUCAAUGCAGAGUUAUCUUUAUAAAUAAAAUAUUAUAUUCAGAUCAAUUUGGAGUUAAAUUUGAACAAAAUAUAUAUUUAUCUAACUUAGAACAUUACCACCGAUCGUUCAUGUUUUGUGAAAAGUUUUCUUCAGAAAGAAGCACUAUAGGCCUAUAAUGAAUACCUUGGUAUGAUAUUAUAUGAUAUAGUGAAGGUGCUUUAAAUAUGAUCAAACAAAUCACAACCAAGAUUUUGAGAAAAUAUUGUUUAUAUUCCAUGCUAAUUUCUUUUCCCUAUUUUGUAAAAAUUAAUACAUUUUGCAAAAACAUGAAAUUAGUUAAUACAUGGUAGCUGCAUGCCCCCCUUGAUUCCGGUUAGUCAUUUCAACAUUCGCCAUACUGCUGGGAGUGGUGUUUCACAUACAAUGUAUAAUGUAUUCAGAAACGAAUAAAGCUAUGUAAAAUAUUGGGAAGUGAAAUUAAGUUACUCUACUGCAUGACUGUAUCUGAAGAAAAUAAAUCCAUGUAGGCCUAUCACAUUUGUAAUUUGUAAUCGCAACGGAGUUACCUUAAAGUUUAGGAGUUGCUCUUUGUAAUCUAAACAAAAUACAAAAAAUAUAUACCCCAUUAGAUAAAACCAUUUUACACCAUCAUGACAAGUUUCAAUUUAGGUAUCAUCAGCUGCUCAAAUGAGUCUUUCUAUUGCGUAGCCGUAUCGUGAACAGGAAAGGUGCUUCCUAACUAUGACAACUUGACUUGUUUUGUUUUGUUUUGUUUUGUUUAAUUGGUAAAUCUUAUUAAAAAAUAAUUGUGAAUUUUUAGUGAGGCCUUAUAUAGUUUUUGCAAUAUGGUGUUGGUGAAUUCGACUAUUGUUCACAUACACAUUGCAAUGUGAAUUGGGACAAAUGUUAAUCUAGACUAAUAUUUGGCUUUCUUUUCCUUGCUAAUUGCAUAAUGGUAUACAGUUACCGAAAUGAAAACCCAUAUAGUAUUGAAAUGGUCGUUUACCAUUUUCUGUAAUUUGUCACUAAUACUAUACACGAACAAUUGCAAAUGUUGAUGUAAUGAAACUUUCCCUCGUUCUUGUUUUGUUUCCUUAUUAUUUAUAUUUGUAUAGGAGGUGAUUUAUCAUAUAAAUAUAAGCAAAUUAUAUUCAGUCAAUGACUCUUUGGAACUUCAUUUUAAAAUGGCUAGUACAUAUUUUAAUGGAUAAACUUUUGACAGCAAAGCACUCUUUUCUCUAAGUUUAAUUAAAGCUUGUAUGUGUAUACGGAUUUUAAUUUAUGUUCAUGGUUAUGGUCGCCCUUUUUGUUCAGCGGUAAACAGUAAUAAAUUAAAUGUACCAAAUUUUAGUUGUGCAUAUAUUGAUGUUUAUUCACAUGAACAAGUACUAUUUCUGUCAAACGGUGUAUGUUGAUAUAUUCCAUGCAAUGUGUGUAUUAUUAUCUUUAUCAGGAGAUGGAUUGUCUAUAAAUAGCCAAGUUAUUAUUGAUUGUAUAAUAAAGUACACCAAAUUACGGUGGAGAGAUUAUAAUA